GUAAACAAGCUUCAGUUUCAGACUAAGAAAUUUUCCUCUUUGCUAGCUCGAUGAGGAGUUUGCAUGCAAAGAUUUAAAUAGUAAUCAGUAAUCAGAAGUAAUCAGAAGGACUUGGAUCUGCGUGCAAUUGACCCCGCAUCAAUAAAAAUGCUAGAAAAACUGAAGGAAAAUUAUCAGAAGCUAAAGGACUAUGUUCAACAAGUAUGCAAACUGAAGUUGUACUUCCAGAGCGGGCUUGAUUAUGCAGAAACGAAAGCUGGCUGCAAGUGGAUUUAUCUCUUGUCUGGUUUUGUGGCAAUUUCUGCUGUGCUGCUUGCAAUUGGUCUAGCAACUAUUCCUCUAAUAAUGAUUGGUUAUAUAUACCCCGUGAUUGCAUCUUUCAGAGCAAUUGGCAGCAACCGCAGAGACGAAUACACACAGUGGCUAAUGUACUGGAUUGUUCUAUCUGGAUUUGGAGCCUGUGAAAUGAUGACAAUGAGUUGCAUUUCCUAUGUACCACUAUACAGUGCACUAAAGCUGAUAGUCUGUGUGUGGUGCAUGUUGCCGUAUGAUUGGAAUGGUGGAACGUACAUCUUCAACCGCCUCCAAUAUCUCGAAGUUUUUCGAAACAAUGAUGAACUGCAUUCGUUACUUCAAACGCUUAGAUUGAGAGCCAUAGAAGUCUUAGAUGAUGAAAGCGAUAAAUUACACGAGAAUGCAGAUAAUCUGCAAAGGGAAGGCGAUUCCUCAUCAAAAGCAGGAACAGAGACCGGAAAAGCUGAUUCUGUGAUAGAGGAGAAGGAAGAGAUGAAGAAACAGGAAAGGACCUAACAGAAGAAGAAACAGGAAAAGGAAUUCAGUGUGUCGACAAAAAUGCUCAGGUUGAAAUAUAGCUGCUGACUGAUAUUUUCUGACUUUAUUAUCGUAUUUUGAGAUCGUAGUCUGAGCGAUGCAUAUACCUUUGUUAGCACUUAAAAGUCUUGAAGGUGCAACAACCUCAUCCUACUUUAUUUCAUUUUUUACACAGUCACUAGUUUUAGUGACAUCUUUUUUUCUCUCUUAAUCAAAUUGAUCGCUCUUU